GAGGAGGAGGAGGAGGAGGAGGAGCAGGAGAAGGGUGCGCUCCUCGGAUCAAUAGCCCCUUCGCGUGCACGAAUAGAUAUAUUGCGCGCGGCUCGGUAUACUGCGCUUCUUCCUCGUAGCCGGGCUCGACGUCUCCGCCUUUUCGGAAUCCCGAGCAUCGAGGCCGAUCUCCUCGAGAGAGCGUCCUUUCUUCCCUUCAGAAUCAUUGACACGGUAACCGUAAGUGCGCGGUUAAACUUGCAUCCUCCUGUUCUUUCUCAUCCGCCGUUUCAUCUUCGUGAUCGAUAAAUUGCCGACAAAAGGUCGUUAGGCUGCCAGAGUCCUGUUGCGGCAGCAUUUCGGGAGUACGCUGAAUGGGGAGGACGGUGAGGGCGAGCUACGAACGUCCGUAAAUCCGUGUGGGCUUGGCCAUUGGGAGUGAAGCGUAUAAUUUUGCAUUUUAAUAAAACGUUAACGUCAGUUUUACAUUUGAAAUAUGACUUCCCAAGUUCUCGUGAAACAUCCAGUUGUACCUUUCUCACAACGAAAAAAACCACCGCCAGAAAUAAUUCCGCUACCCAACAGAAACGACGAGGAUGACGAAGGAAGAUUUUUGAAGCAGAUUGUUGAUAAAGUCACUCAAUUAGAGCAGAAUAUGAAGUUCCUUCAGGAUCAGCACGAGGCAACUUUGGUCGCUCUUCAUCAAGAGGUUGAAGUACUUCGGCAAACGAAUAGAGAUUUACAGUUUCAAUUAGUUUUCUCCAAAGGGACAAAUUCCAAUUCAACUAGUCCUUGUAUCCCCGAAGAUAAUGAAGUUGAUCUCACCAAAGCAAAUGAGAGUCCGGCGUCGAUUAACGAUGUCACGCCACUCCAGGUCGAACUAUCAGACAAAGAUGUGCAGGAUAUUAAAACUAAUUUGAACGAGGCGAAAACGCGUAACGUUUACUUGUCAGAAGUGAUCGAAAAAUUGAAAAAGACCCUAGAGUUGAGCGAAAAAUCAAAGGAAAAGCAAAAAAUGACGGACAUUAGUAUCCAAGUCGAUCGUGUACUCGAAUCCGAACAAGUGGAAUUGCAAGCUCGUUUGGAUGAUGCAAAAGUGUUAGUCAAAAAAUUACUUCAAAAAAACAUGGACCAAUUCGAGGAGAUUGCAACGAUGAAAUCAGCUGUUUCUUACACUAACAACGACAACAUUAGCAAGAGUGGCAAUAGCCGAAGCCGGAAAUACAAACAUAAUCACAAUCAUGGAUCGGCGAACGAGGUCCAAGGCCAAGACGAUAAUUAUCAUAAAUUUCCACUCUUGCAGACUCAAAGUUAUUGGCUUCGAGCAUCUCGAGGCAAUCACAGUUACGAUCACAAAGCCCAUUCGGGUUAUCCGAGAAAUAGUAAGCAUCAUCAGGAGAGGCAAGACGCGGAGGCGGACGUUGAUAACACAGUCUUACCACAAUUACAAAGUGGCAAUGUAUGUAUUGGAAAAACGUCGAAUUAUUCGAAUAACUUCAAAUCUGGACUUCACAAUGCUGGCCAUUACAAUGCGGAGAACCGAGCAAACAGAAAAUACAGACGUACAAAAUUGUACAGAGAUCAGAAAGAACAGAGAGAUCAAGAUGCCAGGGAGUAUCAUAGGGAAUGCAAAUACAGAGAACCGAAGGACAAUCAACGGCAACAUCAAAGAGAAUUCGUAGAGUCUUCGCAGGAGACGCGAAAUCACAAAAAUACACAGAAACAGUAAUAACAUUAAGAAAAUCCAAUUGAAUUCUUAAACAAUCAAGAAUCGCUUGCAUGGUUAUUUGUAUAUUCGUUAGAUCCAUUCCACUAAAACACAUAUAUAAUAAAAGGAUUCGAUUUUCGUUAACAGUAAUUAUUACGUAUUCAACCAAUCGAUCAAAGUUUUUCCAGAAAGUAUAUGGCAAUUAAAAAACAAAAAAA